CGUAAUGUCCGGUCUGCCGGACUAGGUGUUGUGUCGUAGCGUUAAUCGUUGCGGCAAGGAACGGACGUAGGUAGGACGCGGGCACAGAGCGGGGAGAGAAGCAGGAAGAAGAAGAAGAAGGAAGAAGCAGGAGAAGGAAGAAGAAGAAGGAAGAAGAUGAACAAGGGAGAGGACUCUGCUGCGAGGAUCAUGAGCGGAGUGGGUGAGAUGGAGGCGGUUUCCAGUUGGGGGAAUGCGCCGCUUGUAGAGAUUGAUCCGGAAAUCAGUGAUUUGAUCGAGAAGGAGAAGACAAGGCAAUGGAAGGGAAUUGAGCUUAUAGCCUCGGAGAAUUUCACGUCGCAGGCGGUGUUGGAGGCAUUGGGAAGCGCGCUGACGAACAAGUACUCGGAGGGUAUGCCCGGCGCUCGCUAUUAUGGCGGUAACGAGUUCAUUGAUCUGAUCGAGAAUCUGUGCCGUUCCCGCGCUCUGCAGGCUUUCGGUCUCGACCCGGAGAAGUGGGGCGUCAAUGUGCAACCCUAUUCCGGCAGUCCGGCGAACUUCGCAGUGUACACUGCGCUCCUCCAGCCCCAUGACCGCAUCAUGGGACUCGAUCUUCCGUCGGGCGGUCAUCUCACCCACGGCUAUUACACGGCUGCGGGGAAGAGGAUUUCGUCGACCUCUAUUUAUUUCGAGUCGCUGCCGUACAAGGUGGAUCCGAAGACAGGCUACGUGAACUACGAGAGGCUGGAGGAUAAGGCGCUUGACUUCCGGCCGAAGCUCAUCAUCUGCGGAGGCAGCGCAUAUCCUCGAGAGUGGGAUUACGCGCGCUUCAAGCAGAUUGCCGACAAAUGCGGGGCCAUCCUGAUGGCCGACAUGGCGCAUAUCAGCGGUUUGGUGGCUGCUCAAGAGGCGGAAAGUCCGUUCGAGUACUGUGAUGUGGUGACGACGACAACUCACAAGAGUCUGAGGGGUCCUCGAUCCGGCAUGAUCUUCUACCGGAAGGGGGCGAAGCCGAGCGCCAAACCAGACGGCCCAGCGGGGAAGUACGAUUACGAGGAUCGUAUCAACUUUGCGGUAUUCCCUUCCAUCCAGGGCGGACCGCAUAACCACCAGAUCGCCGCGCUUGCCGUCGCGCUCAAACAAGCUCUCUCUCCUGCCUUCAAAGCAUACUCGCAACAGGUGAAGGCAAAUGCCAAAGCCCUCGCUAGCGCGCUGAUGAAGAAGGGCUACAAGCUGGUCACGGAUGGGACUGACAACCAUCUCGUGCUCUGGGACCUUCGCCCCCUUGGUCUUACUGGGAACAAGGUGGAAAAGGUGUGUGAGCUCUGUCAUAUCACUCUGAACAAGAACUCGGUGUUUGGGGACAGCAGCGCGCUGGCUCCCGGAGGAGUGCGGCUUGGCACGCCCGCCAUGACCUCUCGAGCUUGCAAGGAAAGUGAUUUCGAGGCGAUUGCCGAUUUCUUGGAGAAGGCGGUGAACAUUACGCUGGCAAUCCAGAAAGAACAUGGGAAGCUUCUGCGAGACUUCAGCAAAGGUUUGCAGAACAAUCAGAGUAUCAUCGACCUCCGAGAGGAGGUCGAGGUUUUCUCCAAAGCUUUUGAUAUGCCGGGUUUCGAUGUGGCCUCUUUGAAGUAUCAGUGAUCUAUUAUCUCGGAUGACGAUGACUGUGAUGAUGAUUAUAAUCAUGGGUGCGUAUGAUAAUGACGAGGGUGCAUUUUUCCAUUCGUUCGUUUUGAUGAUUGAUUUGAGUUGUUGAUGUCAAGGACGUUGCCUCUCGGGAGCAGGCUCUGGUCAGUUGCGCAGUGAUAGAGGAAGGUCGAUGGAAGUCUCUCUUCCAGCGUGGUCGGUUCGGAUGCAACUGUGGCCGUCUUUACCUAAUUUUGCUUGUUCCUCCAGCAGCGUCAGGUGGAGUGAAUUUUCUGUUUCUUCCGAAUAAGACCACCUUGAGGGUGGAGGGUCGAGCAGUCGCUCGGUUGAUUGAUUGGUUGAUAGUUUCCUCUGUUGUUACUCGCAAAAAUUUGGUUGAUAGAUUGGUCGAUGGUUUCGUCUGUUUGUUGGUAGCGCAAUUUGUAGAGAGGCUGGAAGAAUAAGCUUGUAAAACGGCACCUAGCGGAGGUUCCCCGUUGGAAGGCGUUAUUUGAUUAAAGCAACGUGUUUGUGUAUGCGUGCGUGUUCGUUUCCCGAGACAGUACACGAGGGCGCACUGAUCUUUUUCACGCCUGAGCUCUCCGUUUGGUCUGCGGUGUCGCUAGCUUUUUGCCGUCGGAUUGAUACUCGUGUGAAUUAUGGAACAUCCCUAAGCGAGGGGCUGUUUUGCUGACCGAACGGUGACCGCGAGAGACACUCAAAGAGAGAGAGAGAGCGAGAGAGAGAGAGAGAGAGAGAGAGAGAGAGAGAGAGAGAGAGAGAGAGAGAGAGAGAGAGAGGAUCGGUACUGCAUAAGAGUGGUGGUGCUAGGGAGAGACGAGUUUGGGCGAGUGUGCAGGUGCCGAACGUCUCUUUUUUCUGAUUUUUGUUUCUAGUAUGUUUCUAGUAUGUUUCGGAAUGUGGACGCGGGAGGUACUUUCAUGCGUGAGAGAUGCGAUUGGCAGGAACGGUUGGAUUCUUCGAAGAAUUUGGGGAGUGAACAGUGCCGCAGCAGCCAGUCUUUUGUGAUGUGCCUGUAGCCAGUCUUUUAUGAUGUGCCUCCACUGUGCGGUGAAGCUUUUUUCGCCUGUCCGCCUUUAGUUUGUUUGGUAGAACGGUGACUCUGCUGAUAUGAUGAUGUUUUUUUUAGCACUGUUUCACGAUACGGAAGUAAUCACGCUGGAGGUUGUGUUUUGGUGAAGUGUUUUUGGAUUCAUUUGUUUAAUGCGGAAGCAAACGUGUCGAAUCGUGUUGUAUGUCCUGCCGUCCUGUGUGUCGCACCGUUCGCACCUUUUAUUGUUUGUAGCACCGUCCUUGUCUCGUCUGGCUCAGGUAUGUGCAGUUAGCAGCGUGUUCUGUCCUGUGUGUCGCGCAGUGUCACACGCACACAACCAUAUCUUCUCUUUUUUUUUAUGUCUUGUGUCGCGCAGUUAAAUAC